AUGGGAUUAAAUAAAUUAUUAGCAAUAAUUGAUGUUAUUAAUUAUAAAGACACAAAUCAACUUCAAAGGAUUUCUAUUUUAUAUCACAUUAAAUAAUAAUUAAAAAUAAUUAUAGAUAAUGAAAAUAUUAAUCUUCGAAUUUAAUCUACAGUAAUAUAACUUUUUGAAAUAGUAAUUGCUUAAAUUAAAACUCAAGAUUUAUCUACUCUUGAAAAAUUAUAACUUUAUAAAAUUCUUUAUCUAACAAAUACUUGUAAAAGAGUUUCAUUAGGAUAUAUCGAAUUAAAAAAAUUUAUAGCAAAUUCUUCAAGACAAUCUCUUUAUUUUACUUUAAUAUCUAAUUUACUUUAAGAAAAGAUUUCAAAAAGAAAAAUAUAAUUUAAUGAUUAAGAUAAAAGUUUAUGCUUAAUAGAUAUUCGUAAAGCUGAAUUAUUAUAUGAAGAUUCAAUAAAUUUAAUAGUUGAAAUAUUAGAUAUGAAAAUUAAGUAUUGGAUGGAUUUAUAUAAAGGUUAUCAAAAAAUUGAAGAAUUUGCAAUGAGUACUUAUAAAUUAAGCUUAAAAAUAUGGUAAAUUAGAGAUUCUUUUUUUUAACGUUUUUCAAUAGAACCAAUGAAGUUAUAAUCUAGAUUAAUUCAUUUUAAUGUACUAGAAUUAAAAUUAUUAGCAAUUUUAUAUUCUGCAAUAUUAAAUGAUUAUCAUGCUACUCUAGAUAUUGAAUAGAAGGUUGAGGAAAUUGUUUAAUAUGAGAAAAAUUCAUAAAAUGAAUAUAUUAAUAAUAUUACUCUUAUUAAUGAAGAUUUAAUAAUGAUUGCAGUAAGCUUUGUAAAACAAAAGAAUUUAAUUUUAAAUAAAAACAGAGGUUAAAUUGCAUAGUUUUUUGGAUAUGAAAAUGAUAAAGAUUUCACUAAUAUCACUACUAUUGAAUAAUUGAUGCCUUAAUAUAUUUAAUAAUUUCAUGAUAAACUUUUGUCAAGAUAUAUGAAUAAAGGUUAUUCAUCAUUUUUUUAAUAGUAGAAAGAAGUUUAUAUUAAAAUAAAAAACAAUUUUAUUAAACCAGUUAAUAUGAAUUUAAUACAUAUGUAUGAAUUUGAUUCCGAUUAUAUCAUUACUGGAGUACUCUAAAAAGUGAAAUAAAGUUAUGAUUUCAUUAUUUUUGAUAGAAAAGGAAAGAUAUUAGGAAUAAGUGAAUAAAUUUUUCAUAUUUUGGGUAUAGAUUUUAGUAUAGAAUAAUUAUUAAAUAGAGGAUACAUUUAUUUUUGGAUUCCUAAUAUAUUUGAAUUAAUCACAGAAGAGAAAACAUAAUUAUUAUCAUCACCAGAUAUGUAAACAAAAAGUAUUCUUAAAUCUUAAUAAAUAUUCUCUAUUAAUAAUUUUAUAUAACUUUGUUAAGAUCAUGAAUUUAGUAGAUCAAAUAGCACAGCUAAAAAUAAAGAAUCAUAAAAAUUUUAUACUGAUUUAAAUGAAACAGAAUAAAUGAUUUCAUUUGGUAAUAUUAAUUCUAUUCAUUUUUUAAAAGAAUAAAAUAUUUCAUUUAUAAACGAAUUUUUAACUAAAUAUAAUUAGAGUAAAUAUAGUGAUUAAAAUAAUUUAUACUUAAUCAAAUAUUCUAUAUCUUUUAAUGUAAUUGGUGGUGAUUUUCUACCAUAAUUUGUAAUUUAAAUUAAUGAAAUUGAAAAAAUUAAUCCAAAAAAACAAGGAUAAAAAUUUUCAAUGAGCUUUUAUAGUACUAUAAAAAAGAGUACAAUUAAUGAAGAAAAGACAGAAAGCUGUUUAGUUUUUGAACAUGAAAUGAAUGAUAAUAAUGAAAAUUUGUAUAUAAAUCCACCAAUAAUCAAUAAAUUAAGUAAAAUUCAAGAUUCAAAAAUAGAAGAAAGUUAAAAUAAAUAUCCAAUAUAUAAUUAAAGUAAUGAAUAAUUUAAACUGAUUUCGCCAAGAGGCAAUAAAGAAAUAUUAAUUGGAAUUGAUGAUUAUGAAGAUGAAGAUUAAAAAUUUUAAGACGCUCCAAAAAGUAGUUCUUAAUAAAAUAAUAAUAAACCAGAUAUGGUUUAAGCAAUUCAAUAAUAUAAAGAAUUGGAUCAAGAAUUUAAAGAUAAUGCAAAAUAAUCAUAAUCAAGUGGAACAUCAGAUAGAACAUAAUUGUCUGUUUUUAAUAUUUUAAGAACUUUAUAAUAUAGUUAAAGAUAUUAAACAACUCUUAUUAAAGUUUUUAUAAAUACAUUUUUUUUAUUUAUAAUUCUAUUAUUCUUAAUUGCUCUUUAAUUAGUCAUAUCUAAAAAUAAUACUAAUAAUUUAUAAUUUUAAAUUUCAUUAGUAGGAUUACCAGAUGAAUUUAGUAGAAUCUAUAAUACAUUUACAGUACUUGGUUAAAUGGAUGUAGAAAUCAAAUUUUUGAAUAUUUCACAUGGAGAAUAUUAUGAUCACCGUAUUGAAUAAGAUAGUAAUAUUUUAAGAGAAAAAUUGUUAAUUUUAAUUGUAGAAAUUGAAAAAGAAUUUUCAAAAUUAGAUCAAUAAGGUAAACUAAAUUAAGCUUAAGUUAAAAUAGUAAAUUAAUAUAGUUUUGAUUAAUUUAACAUUUCAAUUUUAUAAUUUAAUUAAAUGGUAAAUGAAUACACUGAGGCAUUAGAUUAACUUUUUAAUUUUGAUUAGUAGUAAGAAUAAGUUAAUGAAUAAAUUAGAUUGUUAUUUUUAAAAGCUAAUUUAAAUAAUUUAUUAGAAUUUGUAAGUAAUUUAAUAGAAAAUAUUGUAGAUGAGUUUUUUACUAAUAUUGAAAAUUAUGAGUUACUUUAUUUAAUAUUGUUAUUCAUUGAAUUACUUAUAAUUAUAGUUGCAAUUUUAUUACAAUUUGGACUUUGGAUUGAUCCUUAUAUCUAUAAAUAGAAUAUUCUUCUUAUGAUUUAGAGAGUUUAAGAAAAAGACAUAGAUCUAUUAUUGUUAAAAUAUAAAUCUUAUAAGGAGAUAUUACAAAAUGAUAUCAACAAAUGGAAAAAAGUAAAUUAUUUUAAAGAAUUUUUCUCAUGUAGAAUAUCAUAAUUGAGAAAGAUAUAGAGAAUGUAAUAAUAAGAUUAGAUUAAUAAAAAAUAAUAAAAACUAUAAUAGAGAGUUAAGAUUAGUAUUAGAAUUUAAGAAACAUAGUAUUCUGUAAUUCAUAUCUAUUUUAUGUUAUUUUUACUUUGGUUAAUAAUGACAUCAUUUGUAUUAUCUUCUUAUUUAUUCUAAUAUAUUAAUAUUAUGAAUUCUUAUCCAGAACUAAAUUUAUGUAUGUAAUUUGUAAGAUUCAAAUAGGAAUUCGAUGCUACAAUGAUUAUUGGUUAGUUAAUGAAAAACGAACCAUUAAUAAAUAAUUUUUAAAUUUAAAGUGGUAUAUAUAUUAGAAAUCCAGAAUAUAACAAAAAGGAUGGAUUUUUUAUUACUAAUAAUUAGAUUUUAUUGGAUCAAUUUAAAAGUAGUUACGAAGCUGGAAAAGAUCUUUAUUCAAGUAUUUAUUAAAACAUUGUAGCUUCAAAUAAAAUAAGUGAAACAAAUAAAGAUUUAUUAUUAGGAUUAUAUUAAAAUGAUUUAUGUGUUUAUAUUCCUGAACAAUUACCAUUUUGUUCAUAUGAAAAUGGUAAAUUCACUUAUUUUCCUAAUUAUCCAAUACCAGAGGAAAUCAAUGAUAAUAGAGAAAGAUUAAAAUAGGGAUUUAAUGGAAUUUAUUAAGAGUAAAUUUAUUAUUUAAUUUAUUAGGGUUUCAGCAUUAUUUGCAAGUAAAUUUGUUAAGGAAUUAAAUGGAGAUUUAGAAACUAAUAUUGAUGAAAUUAAGAAUUUCUUAAAAACUCAAGAAUAUUAUCAAAUUUUAUUGCCUUAUUUUUAUGAUUUAAAUAAAGCAAUUGAGUUAUUUUAUGAUACAAUUAUAAUAACUUCUGUAGACAUUUUAGAAUUGGAUUAUUACAAUUAUUUAAUCUAUACAAUUAUUUAUGGGAUUAGUACAGCUUUUAUAUUAUUUUAUGUGAUCUCAUAUAGUACAAAAAGAUUGUAAAGAUAAAUCAGAGCCAUUAGAUAAGCUUUAAUAUUAUUACCUCAUGAAAGUUUAUUAGAUGCUUAAGUUUAUAAUGCCAUAAAAAGAUUUGAAUAAGGUAUGUGA